AUGGCGAAACCUAUAAUCAAAGUGGCAGCAGUAUGUGGGUCUCUCCGUGAAGGUUCCUUCCACCGAGGCCUCGUUCGAGCUGCAAUCCAACUAUGCCAAGAGUCAGUCAGAGAAAUUCAAAUUGAGCAAGUAGAAAUCAACCAGCUGCCUUUGCUAAAUACUGACCUUGAAGGCCAGGGAACAUUUCCACCAGCAGUUGAAGCUUUCCGUCAGAAAAUAAAAGAAGCUGAUAGUAUUCUGUUUGCUUCGCCUGAGUACAACUUUUCCAUCGCUGCACCUAUGAAAAAUGCUAUUGACUGGGCAUCUAGACCACCAAAUGCUUGGGCUAACAAGGCUGCUGCCAUUGUAAGUACUGGAGGAAAUGGUGGUGGGGAACGAGCACAGUAUCAUCUUCGCCAAGUCGGAGUUUUUAUUGAUCUUCAUUUCAUUAAUACGCCAUUGUUUUCCUUGAAUGCAUUCGAGCAACCUGCAAAGUUUGAUAAAGAUGGCAACUUGAUCAGUGCAGAGACCAAAGAGAGGUUGAAGGGAGUUCUUCUGGCCUUGCAUGAAUUUACUUUGCGUAUUCAGGGCAAGUGAUGAGAUACUAUGUGUGUAAUUCUCAAACAAAAGGGACAAAAAUAUGAUAUUUAAAUUUUAUGGUGCAAUGGACCUAAGAUUAAUUAGUUUGGGUUACUACUUUCCUUAAUUUUUUUUCAUUGUCCUUUUUAUGUUUGG